AAGAAAAUGGACAAUAACCACAGUAGGCCGACGAUCAUGGUGACUAACGAUGACGGAAUUGAUGGUGCUGGCCUGCAAGCUCUGGUUCAAGCCCUGGUCUCUACAGAUCAAUAUCAAGUCUUUGUCUGCGCCCCUGAAACGCUUCAAUUGCAAUAAGCCAACACCGGAGGUUUAUAGUUAAGGGGCGUUUGGAUCGUGAGUGGGAAUGAGAAUCGGGAAUAGGAAUGACGGGUAUGGGAAUGGGUAUCCCAAGGAAGUGUAAGGAAUGAUUUACCCUCCAAGUGCGAUUGUGGUUCCAUUCCAUGUCAUAAAAUUACUAAUCCAAACACUAACACAUGGGUUUGAGGUUCCGAUUCCCGUUAACCGGGCUAAUUAAUCAUGAACCAAAUGCCUCCUUAGUUGCAAGAUAUAUACUGUCUCAGGGAAAGGUCAGCUGUUAGUCACAGCAUUACUUGGAUGCAUCCUCUCCAGGUCAAGAAAGCAGAAAUUCAGGGAACAACAGCCUUUGCAGUUUCUGGAACCCCAGCAGACUGCGCAUCAUUGGGAAUCUCUAAAUCUCUUUUUCCUGUAGUGCCUGAUCUGGUUAUUAGUGGCAUAAACAUGGGUUGCAACUCUGGUUACCGCAUUAUGUACUCAGGAACAGUAGCAGGUGCUCGAGAAGCCUUUUUCUAUGGGAUACCUUCUAUCUCUAUCUCUUAUGAUUGGAUUUCGGGUAAGAGCACUGCUAAGGACUUCAAACUUUCUGCUGAGGCUUGCUUACCUAUAAUAAGUGCAAUUAUAGUUGAAAUCAGAAGUAAAACAUAUCCUCUGAAGUGUUUCUUGAAUAUAGAUCUGCCUACCGAUAUAUCAAAUCAUAAGGGAUAUAAGUUGACAAAGCAGGGGAACAGUAUCAUCAGAAUGGGUUGGAAGCAAAUUACUUCUGAAGCAGAGGUUGGAAAAAUAUUAUCAACAAUGACUAUGGUAGCAGAUUCGUCGAAAAUUCAAAUAAAUGGUACAAAAGUAUCACAAGAGUCUGAAGACAGUCUUCUUUUUAUGCGAGAUAUUUUAGGAAUCAAAGAGGGAGAUACAGAUGCAGACUACUGCGCGCUUCAACAAGGAUAUAUAACUGUUUCGCCUAUUAGUGCCUUAACUCGCGCAGAGGCCGACUCUGAAGCGUACUUCAAAACGUGGCUUCCAGCUGUUACAAAGUGCUUCUCCUCUCCAGCUCAAUGAUUCCCAGCAAGAUUUUACCUCUGAGGUCUUGUAACACUGAUAAUGAAUUGUUGUGUAAUAAUAAUAAACACAAAUUAUGUAUGGUCUCUUACAAAAGUAUGUGAAGUCUGCCAGUCUGGUAUGUAACAAGACUAGUUGAUUAA